CAUUUUUUUUUAAUAAAGCAUUAGUUUCUUGACAUUAUUGAGACUGCAAAUGGCCUUUGAAUUCCUUUGAACCAGGUCAUACUUUGACCAAUCAGGGACUUGGAUUUGACAGUGGCAUUUGGAUAGCAUUUUUUUUAAAUCAUAAUCAUAUUUUAUUAAUUUUUUCUUAUUUAUACAAAACAAAAUAAGGGAAAGAGAGAAAGAGAUAAACAAAACACGUCUUUUUUUUUUUUUUUAACUCACGGAAAACCACUCGAAAAAUGAUCAUAGAGGAGAAAAUAAUUGCGGUUUGUGCUUGGACAGAAUUUUAUGCCAGAAAUCUGUAUUUGCACAGCUAUGAACCUUUGCUCCAAGCCUCUUCUUCCAAAUGUGUCUGACAUGCGAUGGUAAACAGUAGAAGAAGAAAAGGAAGCCCCUCCCUCCUAGCCUGUUGUGAACACCAUGGGCUAAAUGCUCGUUGAAGAACGUGCAUAUAAUACGUUCUUGAACAAACGCCCAGUGAGAAUACUGCAUUAAGAUGAAACCAGUUUGUUGCCAGUAAUGGAAACUUUCAUUAAAGUUAUUUUCUCUUUUUUUUAAAUGGGAUGCAAGAAAUAACAUUGGCAUGAUUCUAUACACAAUAAAGUUUCAAGUUUGCUUAAGACACGUGUGUUCUGCAUUAUUCCAUUCAAAGCAUCCCAUAUUGUAAGACCUUUUUUUUUGAGUUUUUGUAACAGAAGUCACUUUCUUUCCCUGUUUUGGAUAUGAUUGGUUUAACUGGCGAUGACUCAUAUGACCAAUGAAAUGACACAUCCACACAGCUUUUAAUGUGCAGUUCGUGCACAUUGUCGGCAUUGGCAGUUCAUUAGCUACAACACAGGUUGUAUGGGGUCAGCAUGGAAAAUCAGCCUCUAGGUUUCAAGACUUCUAUUUUGCUGCAUGUCUUUGUGGGCAGCAUCUUUGUUGCUGGGUUGUCAGGUUAUUCCUAUUCUUCAAUAGGACAGGAAACACUCAGUAUCAAGGAAAAGGCUGAGACAAAUCAGGAGGUCAUACAAUUUAGACUGGCAGGUAAUGAGGUUGAUUCUGGUUCAUCUCAGUGUGUGACAUUGGGAGACAGCCAUCCUGUGAUGUUGCAGUCAGAAGGAGAUGUUACCAUUGGAGGGCUUUUCCCUUUACAUUAUGAGGCUUCUGAGCCCGAGCACAGCUACCACAGCAAACCCCAAACCACACCUUGCACAGGGUUUGAUCAGAGAGCCUUCCGCUGGCUGAUGACUAUGGUGUUUGCUGUGGAAGAAAUCAACCACAGCUCAGUCUUGUUGCCAGGUGUUACACUCGGCUACCGGAUAACAGACAGCUGUGAUAAUGUCCACCACAGCCUAAAAGCCCUUUUCCCUUUGAUCAGUUCAUCCAUACCUCUGACAAAUCAAACAACAUGGUCUGAAACCUCUGCAUGUCUCUAUGGUUCUCCUGUUUCUGCCGUGAUCGGUCUCGCAUCAUCCUCUCCAACAAGAGCUGUAGCUCAAGCUCUUGGGCCUUUCAGCGUUCCGCUGGUGAGUUAUUUUGCCACUUGUACGUGUCUCACCGACAAGCGCAUGUACCCGUCAUUUCUGCGAACCGUGCCGAGUGACAUCUUCCAAGUCAGGGGUCUUGUGCAGCUUGUCACGUUCUUAGGCUGGCGGUGGCUGGGCACAAUUGGAACAACAGAUGACUACAGUCAGUAUGGCAUCCAAGCAUUUACCACUCAGUUUCAAAAACAAGGGGGCUGUGUGGCAUUUCACCUUACUAUUCCAAAAUCUUCCACUUUGACUGAAAUACAGGAAAUGGCAGACAGACUGCAGAGUUCAGUUGCUCGGGUUGUGGUGGUUUUUGCCACAGAGGGACAACUUCUUGAUCUGUUUUUUGAACUUGCUCAAAGAAACGUUACACAUUUGCAGUGGGUUGCGAGCGAAGCGUGGGUCACUGCUACCCUUCUGACACUACCCCACUUCCACUCUCUUCUAGAAGGAACAUUGGGUUUCUCUUUUCCUGGUGUCAACAUCCCCAGUUUAGAAAAUUUCCUCCUGAACAUUCACCCGUCUGCUGAACCAGGAAGGGAAUUUAUCAACAUGUUCUGGGAAGAUCAGUUUGGUUGUAAGCUGCAGUUUGAAGAAAACAGAGCCAUAAAAAAUGAUCUCAACUUAAGUGGUUUGGAUGCAUUUGUUUCUAAUGCAGAAAUCCAAAACGUUACUUCUGUGGAGGAGAAAGCCUUUUUGAAAAGUAACAGCUUUGCAGAAACACCUGUUUGUACAGGUUUUGAGAAUCUGAGUCUUACAGGCAGCAGUUAUAUCGAUGUAUCCCGAGUUAGAAUAUCCUAUAAUGUGUACAAAGCCGUCUAUGCCAUUGCUCACGCUCUGCAUGCUUUGCUAAACUGUGAUUCUGCAGAACAGAGUGAGAAAAGGUGUGAUAAACACAAGCAGUUUACAUCUGAACAGUUGCUGUAUCAUCUAAAGUUGGUGAAUUUCACUAACCAAUUUGGGGAGAAAGUAUGUUUUGACUCCAAUGGAGAGCCUGUUCCUCUUUAUGACAUAAUUAACUGGCAGAAGGACAAACAAGGCAAAAUGAGAUUUGUUAAAGUGGGAAGUUAUGAUGGCUCAGCUCCACUGAGACACCAGCUGCAGCUAAACCAGAGCAACAUUAUAUGGACAGAAGGACAUACAGAGGUGCCCGUGUCUUUGUGCAGUGAACCAUGCCCCCCAGGCAGCAGGCAGGCCAGACGUAAAGGCGAACCCCAGUGUUGCUUUGAUUGUUUGCCCUGUGCAGAUGGAGAGAUCAGUAAUGAGACAGGUUCUGCUGAGUGCGUAAAAUGUCCCGAGUCCUACUGGUCAGAUGCAAAAAAGGUGAAGUGUGUUGCAGGGAUUGAAGAGUUCCUGUCUUUCAAGGACUCCAUGGGUAUCAUCUCAGUGGCCCUCACUCUGUUGGGUGUUGCUCUGACAGCAGUCAUCAUCGUCAUCUUUCACCAUUUCCGGACUACUCCAAUAGUCAAGGCUAAUAACUCAGAGAUAAGUUUCUUGCUUCUGCUGUCAAUCAAGCUCUGUUUCCUGUGUUCCCUGGUGUUCAUCGGCCAGCCGUCUGUGUGGACAUGCAGGAUCCGCCAAGCAGCCUUUGGGAUCAGCUUUGUCAUUUGUCUGUCGUGCCUCCUUGUUAAGACGAUUGUAGUUCUCCUGGCUUUUCAGACUAAACUGCCUGGCUCCAGGGCUCUGAAGCUGUUUGGUCCUUCUCAGCAAAGAAUCAUGAUUGUCUGCACUACAGCUCCUCAGGUUUGUCUCUGUGCUGGCUGGUUAUUUUGUGCACCCCCUUUCCCAUUUAGGAACUCAGCUUAUCAAGCUUCAACUAGAAAAAUUGUUGUGGAAUGUAAGGAGCAAUGGCCUCCCGGAUUCUAUUUGGUGCUCGGUUACAUCGGCUUGCUUGCUUCAGUGUGCCUCCUGUUAGCGUUUCUUGGUCGAAAGCUGCCAGAUACCUUCAACGAGGCCAGACUCAUCACCUUCAGCAUGCUGAUUUUCUCAGCAGUGUGGAUUUCUUUCAUCCCAGCUUAUAUCAGCUCUCCUGGAAAGUUCUCUGUGGUUGUAGAAAUAUUUGCAAUUUUAGCCUCAAGUUUUGGUCUGCUACUGUGCAUCUUUGGGCCUAAAUGUUACAUCAUUUUACUGCACCCUGAGAGAAAUGUUAAGAAAGUUGUUCGUGGAAAAUAUUCUAGAUGAUUUUUGAUUUGCUCUUUCAAUUUUGGAUCUCAAUUAUCUGAAGAAAAAUUGUUUAAAAUUUGAAAUGCAUAAUACAAUUCUUUAGUAAACCCCAUAUCCUUGUCCUUUUUUAAAUUCUACACUAGAAUUACAUUAAAGAUUAUCUCAUUUAAGAAAACAUUCUAACUAAGACUAAAGGCAGUUAAGUGUUAAAG